CCCUUCAAUCGCCAUAUUGGGCUGCCGAGAAAAGAGCUCAUCUCGCCUUGUUUUUUUUCCGUCUCGCUUUUACUACGCGGCGGCGGUGCGAGCGGCAGGGGCAUCAUUGGCACCAAGGCCAUCACCGGCACCAGCACCAGCGCCACCGGCGGCGGACCGGCACCGCGGGGGCUGUGCCGCGCUCCGCUUCUCACCCGCCCGGGGCUCCCCGGCGGCGGCAGCAGCGGCUCUCCGGGCUCAUCCCCGGGCCGGCGCUUAUGCAAGGGCGCCUCCUCGCCCCUUCUCCGCGGGCCGAGGGCGAGCGGGGCCGAAGCGGGGCCGCAGCGCGGGGCAGCGCGGAGCGGAGACGCGGAGCGGAGCCGCCGGGCGCCGGGAAAUAAAGGGCGGCGGAGAGGCGGCGGCGGCCGCGGAGAGAGAGAGCAGCGAGCACAACAACCCCCGCCUGGAGCCACAGCGUGCGGGGAGAUGUCAAACGUCCGCAUUUCUAAUGGGAGCCCUACUCUGGAGCGCAUGGAGGCCAGACAGUCGGAGUACCCGAAGCCGUCUGCGUGCAGGAACCUCUUCGGGCCGGUGAACCACGAAGAGCUCAACAGGGAGUUGAAGAAACACCUGCAGGAGAUGGAGGAGGCGUACCAGAGGAAGUGGAAUUUCGAUUUCCAGAAUCACAGGCCGCUGGAAGGCAGGUACGAGUGGCAAGCCGUGGAAAAAGGGAGCUCGCCCGACUUCUACUUCAGACCCCCCAGGCUACGGAAAGCCGUCUGCAAGUCCGCCGGCCGCCAGAGCUUGGAUGUAAACGGGAAUUGCCAAACGGUGGUUUUUGUCGGUUCUCAGGGAAUCUCAGAGGACACUCACUGUGUAGCUCAAAAGACUGAUGUUUCAGAAAAUCAGACGGACUUAGCAGAGCAGUGCAUUGCCCAGAGGAAAAGACCCGCGGCCGACGAUUCCUCUCCUCAAAAUAAAAGAGCCAACACAACAGAAGAAGAGGUUUCAGAAGACUCCCCCAGUGCCAAUUCAGUGGAGCAAACACCCAAGAAAUCAAGCCCGGGAAGACAUCAAACGUAAAGCGUUUAGAACGGAGGAUGUGCGCGUCCUCAUUCGUCGACUGCGGUGGGCGGCGAUGAAGCGAGGAAGAUGUAAAGUUGUAGUGGGAAAGGAAAAAAAUACAUAUCGCCGAUCUCCGGGGGAUGGAGGUCCUGUACAAGCACUGAAAAAACAAAAAAACGAAAAA